AGCCACAGGGUAACGUCACUCCCCUCCAGUCUUCCAUUCGCCACCGCCAGCCACAUCGCUCCGGAGGACAGCCGCACCGCAUCCAUUUUCGGCGCUAUUUGAAAUGUUUAUCCAACUAAAUCCUACCGCAUCUUUUUCCCCGAUUCCUUUUUUUGGUGUCGGCGAGGUGUUUCUACAAGGCGAGGUUUUUCACCCCGGAAAGAGAGUAUUUGAAUAGCUUAGAAGAAGAAGCAGAAAAAAGGUCGCAGAAAGUAGAAGAUUGCGUGCAGCGAGGAUGAAUAGUGACAAAGGGGUGAUCGCUAGGCUACAGCUAUUGUAACUUACGAACGGGAUCGCGGCGAUAGCGUGUUUACAUUGGGACAAGGGAAGAUAUUUUUUAAUCAUGCCUGUUCGCCGAGGUCAUGUUGCGCCACAAAACACGUUUCUGGGCAUCAUAAUACGGAAAUUCGAGGGGCAGAAUAAGAAGUUUAUCAUAGCCAAUGCCAGAGCUCAGAACUGUGCGAUCAUCUACUGCAAUGAUGGCUUUUGUGAGAUGACCGGCUUCUCCAGACCGGACGUCAUGCAGAAGCCGUGCACCUGCGACUUCCUCCACGGCGAGCUCACCAAGAGGCACACCGUUGCCCAAGUGGCUCAGGCCCUGCUAGGCUCUGAGGAGAGGAAGGUGGAAAUCACCUACCACCGCAAAGAUG